AUGCCGACCCCGAGCAGCAUCUCUGCGACCCGGCUCCCGACCACGUCGUUCGACGUCGACUUUGUGCCCAACCCGGAGGACCCGUACUCGCUGCGCCACUCCGAGUACGGCCACGACGUCGACCCGGCGCACCGCACCGUCUCGCGGCACACGCCCGGCACGAGCCUGCGCGCCAGUGACGAGGAGCCGAGCGUCUGGGUCUACCUGCACACGUACUUGUCCUACGCCCUCCUGUUCGUCAUGGGCCACAUCCGCGACUUUAUCGGCAAGCGCCUGUUCCCGGCGUCGUACUCGCACCUGCGCCCCAGCAACGGCUACGCGCCCCUGUUCUCCGACUUUGACUCGUUCUACACGCGCCGCCUCAAGCUCCGCCUUGAGGACUGCUUUGCGCGCCCGGUCACGGGCGUCGCCGCGCGCACCGCCAUCUGCCUCGACCGCACGCCGACCAACCACUUCCACGACUUUGUCUUUACGGGCGAGACGACCCAGGCGCUCAACGUCUCGUCGUACAACUACCUCGGGUUUGCCCAGUCGCGAGGCCCGUGCGCCGACGAGGCCGAGAUGAUUGUGCGCGAGAUGGGCGUCUCGCUCCACGGCGCGCGCAACGACGUCGGCACGAGCGCGCUCCACAUCCAGUCGGAGCGCCUCGUCGCCGAGUUCCUCGGCGUCGAGGACUCGAUGAUCGUCUCGAUGGGGUUCGCGACCAACUCGACGACGCUCCCGGCCCUCAUGUGCAAAGGGUGCCUCAUCAUCUCGGACGAGCUCAACCACUCGUCGAUCCGGUUCGGCGCGCGCCUGUCGGGCGCCAUGGUGCGCCAGUACAAGCACAACGACAUGGACGACCUCGAGAACCUCUUGCGCGAGUGCAUCUCGCAGGGCCAGCCCCGCACCCACCGCCCGUGGAAAAAGAUCCUCCUCAUUGUCGAGGGCCUGUACUCGAUGGAGGGCACGCUUGUCGACCUGCCGCGCAUCCUCGAGCUCAAGGACAUCUACAAGUUCUACCUGUACGUCGACGAGGCGCACUCGGUUGGCGCGCUCGGUCCUCGCGGCCGCGGCGUGUGCGACUACUUUGGCCUCGACCCGCGCAAGGUCGACAUCCUCAUGGGCACCUUCACCAAGUCGUUCGGCGCCUCGGGCGGCUACAUCGCCGGCUCGCACGAGCUCAUCUCGGCGCUGCGCCUGUCGUCGCACGCCCAGAACUACGCCGAGGCCAUGUCGCCGCCUAUCCUCGCCCAGAUCGUCACGUCGAUGGGCAGCAUCAUGGGCCCGUCGGCCGUCGCCAUCGUGCCCGCCCUCAGCAAGCUCCCGGCGUACGUGAUGGACGGUACGGACGGCCAGGACCGCCUUAGGCGCCUUGCCUUCAAUGCCCGGUACCUAAGCAAUGGACUCCGCCGGCUGGGGUUCAUUGUUUAUGGGCACCAAGAUUCCCCGAUCGUGCCCACCCUCCUGUUCGCGCCCGCCAAGAUGGGCCUCUUCUCCAGGCUCAGCGAGUCCCCCUUUCUCUCUCACACUCGGCACAAGAUCGUCGUCGUCGUCGUCGCGUACCCUGCCACGCCGCUCGUCUCGUCGCGCGUGCGUUUCUGCAUCUCGGCGGCCCACACCAAGUCGGACCUCGACCGCAUCCUGCGCGCGACCGACGAGAUUGGCGACAUCCUCGGCCUCAAGUUCUCGCCGCGCAAGGAGCGGUGCACGGUCGACGAGGCGAUCCGCACCGGCGUCGAGGUCGUGCGCGAGACCGAGCGCCGGUACGACGAGGCGGUUCAGCAGUUGCAGCUCACGGCCGAGUAG